GCUCACAUUAUCAGUCUGCUGCUAUAUCAUCAUACUAACGACUCACAAACGCUUUAUCACCACGAAGCUGUGAGUCAUCAUGUUGUCCACACCGUCAUGGUCUGUCAGGAGCCGGUCUGUCUCAGGGUUCAGCCUGUUGAUGUUCGAACGUGGAGGAGGCCGCAGCCAAUCACAGAGCACGCCGGAGCCGUCAGUCAGCAGGUGAACUGCGGCCCGAGACGCUCCGCCGCUCCCCGGGGCCCACGGGAGCUCAGGCUGCUGUAGGUUUCAUUUACGGGCUGUCCGGUCGGGAAUCAUGUCCGCCAUGGAAGAUGACGCUGUUUACGACCGUCGGUGAGCUUUAAAGCGGACGCUGUGCGGAGAGAGAGGAGCUCACGUGGACGACCGGCUGCAAAGUAGAGGAGCGUUGUUUGUGGAGUGUCUGGGUGAAAUUCUGGUAACAACCUCUCCACCAUGUAUGAGCCUCGGUACUACGAUAGCCCCCCUGUGUACAGCCCCCCUGUAUACAGCCCGCCAUACAGCACCAACUCCCAAGCCUUCUACCCCCCACGGAGCGUUCACUCCCCUCAGAGCCAGUAUGUCCCCUACACCCCUAACGCCCCUGCAGACUCCUACUACAUGGAGGAGAAGCCUCAGCACUUCUACCGCUGGUUCUCUCCUCCCGGCUUCGUCAAAACCUUCCAAGGAGCCACAGUUCUCAUGUGUUUCGUCAUCUUCGCCUGCGUGGCUUCCACCUUGGUGUGGGACAUGAAUGGGUUUGGGUACGGGGGCUACGGUGUCGGGGUUGGAGGGGGCGCCACGGGGGCGGAGUUUGGAUAUUAUGGAGGCAGCUACGGCUACGGUAGCUCCUACAUGACGCCGCAGUCUGCCAAGGCGGCCAUGAUUUCAAUGGCAGCCAUUAACUUCCUGCUUUCACUGGGGUUCCUGGUGGCGAGUUUCUCGCGGUCACGGAUCAUGCGAGGAUGCAGCUUCUACCUCACUGUGUUCAUCUGUGAUAUCAUCCUAGCCGUCCUGCAGGGCAUCAUAGACAUCAUCUUUGUGAUCGGGGUGAACCCGAUGUCUCAGAGCUCACAGAGCAUGCUCUACAACCCCAUGCUGAUGAUGUGCCAGAACAUCCAGGGCAGCCCCAGCCUCAGCGGCAGCGUGGGGGCUGGUUUUCCCGGGGGGUUCCCUUUGUACAAUCAAUACCUGCACCACUACUGCUACAUGGACCCCGAGGAGGCGGUUGCGUUAGUGUUGGGGCUGAUGGUGGUGUUGGCCCUCUCCCUGUCUGCCUUCUACGCCUACAAGACCCGCAGCAAGAUUUGGCGCCACGGCAAAGCCAACAUCUACUGGGAUGAGCCGCUGGUCAGGCCCUCAGAAGGGCAGGAUGUACAGGACUGGGUGAACCAUGUUGGAGAGGCACGCAGCACCCAGCAGGCACCAACUGUUGUUGUAUCGGAGAGAGCAGCUCCUGACCUGAGGGCAGAGAACAGCGUGGUCUCCUACAGCAAUGGGACUGUCAGCAUCCACAGUGAUGGGAAUUAUAAAAACAACAGUGUCUCUGCCGACAAGAACAGCCGUCGGGGGGCUGAGCCUCUGUACCAGAACAGCAGGGUCGCUUUUGGCUCCAGCAGCUCCUCGGAGGAGACCGACAGCUUCACGAAACCUCCUCCUCAUUGUGUGGAGAGGGAACAGAGGACGGAGCGACAGCCCAGGCCCGCUGCUCAGGAGAUGAUGGAAUCCCAGUAUGAAACUGGGUACACCACCGGAGACACUGGCAACGAGCUAGACCGAGACCACACAGAUUACCUCUACAGGCUGUACCCAGAGAUAAUCUCUGACGAGCAGCGCCGCCAGUACAAGAAGGAGUUUGACUCCGAUCUGGCCCGUUAUAAGAGCCUUUGUGCCGAGAUGGAUGAAAUCAGUGACCAGAUGCACAAGCUGAGCCGAGAGCUGGACACGUUGGACGAGGGCUCCAUGAAGUACCAGGGUGUCGCGGAUGAAUAUAACAGGCUGAAAGACUUGAAGAGGACACCAGACUACCAGACGAAAAAGAAACAGUGCAAAGAGCUUCGGCAAAAGCUUUUCCACAUCAAACGUCUGGUGAAAAUCUUUGACCAAGGUCUUUGUUAGUGUGUCUUUAAUAUCUGUCCGAAUGGUCUGGGAUGCACCCUGACAGGGUGUUACCUGGCUAAAGUAACAAGGAUUUAUCCUCCAUUUACUCCUCAGUUUGACUGCUUUGCUCUUGUUGCUAUAAAAGCCCACACCACCAUCUUUGACCCAAAAGUUUACAACUUCUGGAUUACUUAUGCAGCUGUCAGAGUAGAUUCGUGUUAGGAUAGAGCUACUGAUAGACUUCCGAUGCGUGGUUGUACUGUAACCUGUUUGACAACACGACACUGUUGGCAUUUCAAUUGAAACUUGUGGUAAAUUUUACUUUCCACUUAAGCGGCAGUUUUAAUUUAUUGAAGUGUUUAAAGGUGUGAUAUGUAAGAAUUGGCCACCUGUCGAAUUCAUACUGAAAACUGAUGUUAGUGUAUCAUCAGAGUAACCGCUAACUGCUGCUAACUGUAGCUGCUGUUAGCUAGUUAGCUCAGUUAGCUGUGCAACUAGUAUUCAAGACUGGGUGCUCAGAGCUCCUGUGCUUGUGGUGGUGGGAGUUUAUACCACAAGCACAGGAGCUUUGGACGUGGACAGAAUGUGGCUAGUUAGUUAGCAUGCUAACUUCCGUGGAUGACAAAACUGUUUCUUCACAUUCUGUAAAGAAAGAAGUUCUGAAUGUUUUCAGCUAAAACUGUCACUAUUGCCCCUGUAACUGUUGUAGUAUGGUAAGUAAUGUAUGCAGUUGUAAGGUAUGUUUUUAUACAAAGAUGAUGAAUGGAAAAGGAGAUUAUUUGAAUAAAAUACAUGUUAAAACAC